UUCAUCAUUCUGAUGCGAACAGCUCAUUUGAGUUUUACUGUCUCUUAGCUGCUUUUACUUUGAAAUAUUGCAGAAUGGUAACUACGACUUUGAAGAUUCUUUUUCUAAUUACGGUCACAGUUAUUUUUUGCACAAUAAAGUGCAAUGCGGAUGCUGUUAAAAUUGUAAACAGCAGCGCCAAAUGCACUGCGGGAUCUUCGCCAAAGUACCUCCCUCACGAAACCGACUGUUCCCUCUUUUAUGUUUGUCUGAAUGGAAAAACUAUCUUGAAAAAGUGCCCUUCCAACCUCCAUUUCAACAGACACUCUUCGGUAUGUGACUAUCCAGAGAAGGUGGACUGCGACACAGAAUCACAAGAGAAACUUGGAAGAGAAACCACCGAAGAAUGUCCAAGCGAAAAUCGAGACCAACCAGUGCUUUUACCUCACAAAAAAGAUUGUGGAAAAUUUUAUAUAUGCGAUGCAGGUGUUCCUCACCUCAAGUCUUGCCAACCUGGUUUGCAUUUCAACCCAGCUCUUCAUACAUGUGAUUACCCGGAAAACGCUGGAUGUGAUUCAGGUUUUAGCAAAAAAGGAAGAGAUGGUUUUGAUAUUCUAUGCCCGGUGAACGAAGACGGCAAUCCCAUUUUAAGACCACACGAAACAGACUGCAGAAAAUUUUAUACUUGUAAUAAUGGAAUCACACUUGUACACGUCUGUCAGCAUGGCCUUCAUUUUAAUGCAGAACUCCAAGCAUGCGAUUAUCCGGAGAAUGCUGGUUGUGAAAAAGGUGUUACCAAAUUGCCAAAAGGAAAAGAAGGUAAUGAAAUUCCAAAAAAUCAAUGUCCGUUAGGGCAAGAUGGAAAACCUGUGUUGAUACCUCAUGAAACGGACUGCAGAAAAUUCUACAGUUGCAAUCAGGGUUACCCCCAUCUUCUUACUUGCCAGUCUGGACUUCAUUUCAAUCCAAAAUUGCAAGCGUGCGACUAUCCGGAAAAUGUUGGCUGCGAAACAGAUGUCCCGAAUGAAGAACCAAAGGGAAAAACAGUUCAUGACGAUAUUUCCAAUGUAUGCUCUGGUGUACUGAAAGGGAAAACAGUUUUGAUGCCAAAUCCCAACGACUGUUCAAAAUUCUUCAUUUGCGAUUCCGGAGUUGCCCAUCCGAAAUCAUGUCCUGCCGGUCUGCAUUUCAGCGUUGCCCGUCAGGCCUGUGAUUACCCAAACAAAGCGCAAUGCGACAAAAUGGGGAUUCUCCGGUCAGUUGGUGAACCCAGUCCUUAUUGCCCAGAAGUUAACGGAAAGAUUCUUAUAUUCUAUCGGCAUCCAUCCAACUGCUCCAUUUACUACCUUUGCAGCAAUGGUUUAGCGUACGAAUUCGUGUGUCCUGCCCGACUCCAUUUCAACCUCCGCCAAAAAACAUGCGACUACGAGGAAAAGGCCAUGUGUCCGAUAGAUUCUUCAAGCAAAUAUAAUUGACUUUGAAAGAAUUUCCUAGUAGAAGACGUAGACUUUGUAUUCCUUUCAAAGAAAAGAAUUUGCUUGUUUGUAGAUUAAUUUUUAGACUUAGACUUUGUAUUUUAGAAAACCAAUUUUGCUUUUUCUUGUCUGUAUUUUAUACUUUUUAAAAAUAUUAUGAAGUAUUAUCAAUAAAUAUUGCAUUUCUUUUAAAUAAUG